AUGGCUCUGAGUGGCAACUGCAGGACUUACCUUCCUGCCCGGGAGCAGGGCACGGGGCUGCACUCCUUCCCCGAGGUGGUGGAGCUCAACGUGGGCGGCCAGGUUUACUUCACUCGCCACUCCACCUUGGUUGGCACCCCUCACUCCCUGCUCUGGAAAAUGUUCACCCCAAAGAGAGACACGGCCAACGAUCUGGCCAAGGACUCCAAGGGAAGAUUCUUCAUCGACAGAGAUGGUUUCCUGUUCCGCUAUAUUCUGGACUAUCUCAGGGACAAACAAGUGGUUCUGCCCGACCACUUCCCAGAGAGGGGAAGGCUCAGGAGGGAGGCUGAGUACUUCCAGCUCCCGGACUUGGUCAAGCUCCUGACUCCCGAUGACAACAAGCAAAGCCCUGAUGAUUAUUGCCACAGCGACUACGAAGAGGUGUCCCAGGGCAGUGACUCCAGAAUAUGCCCCCCCUCGUCGCUCCUCCCGCCAGACCGCAAGUGGGGAUUCAUCACCAUCGGCUACCGUGGCUCGUGCACUAUUGGCAGGGAGAGCCAAGCAGAUGCCAAAUUCAGGAGGGUCCCAAGGAUUUUGGUUUGUGGAAGGAUUUCUUUGGUCAAAGAGGUUUUUGGAGAAAGUUUGAAUGAAAGCAGAGACCCGGACAGGGCUCCAGAAAGGUACACCUCCAGGUUUUAUCUCAAGUUCAAGCACCUGGAGAGGGCUUUUGACAUGUUGUCCGAGUGUGGAUUCCACAUGGUGGCCUGUAACUCCUCGGUGACGGCUUCCUUCGUCAACCAGUACACAGACGACAAGGUCUGGUCCAGCUACACCGAAUAUGUCUUCUACCGCGAGCCCUCCCGCUGGUCCUCGUCCCACUGCGACUGCUGCUGCAAGAACGGCAAGGGCGACAAGGAGGGCGAGAGCGGCACGUCCUGCAACGAGCUGUCCACGUCGAGCUGCGACAGCCAGUCCGAGGCCAGCUCCCCGCAGGAGACCGUCAUCUGCGGGCCCGUCACGCGCCAGCCCAACAUUCAGACUCUGGACCGGCCGGCCAAGAAGGGCCCGGUGCAGCUGCUGCAGCAGUCCGAGAUCCGCAGGAAGAGCGACCUGCUCCGGACUCUCACCUCCGGCUCCCGCGAGUCCAACUCCAGCAAGAAAAAGGCAGUCAAGGAGAAGCUCUCCAUCGAGGAAGAGCUGGAGAAAUGCAUCCAGGAUUUCCUCAAAAUCAAAAUCCCAGACAGGUUUCCCGAGAGGAAGCACCCCUGGCAAUCCGAACUGCUGCGGAAGUACCACCUUUAG